AUGGCCGAGGACUUGACUCCUCAGGUCCUCAGCGUUUUAGCAUCCAGCGACGAUCCUAUCACCACCUCCGAAGCAUUUCCUACGGCUUCUUUUGCCUCUCUCAAGUCGGUUGUUGACAAGCUCAGAUCACGAGACUUCAUUCAAGCCGAGCAAAUCGGCCGGGUGGAACUUGUUCUUACCAAAGAAGGCCAGGAAAUAGCGGAUCACGGCAGCAAUGGCGCAAGGGUCUUCGAGGCAGUGAGGGCAUCUCUAGAGGGAUUGAAAAUCAGAGACCUGCCUGCCGCCGUGGGCGAUCCCAAUGUUGCCAAAUUUGGGUCAGGAGACGCCUUUAAGCAGAAAUGGGUUAGAAAAGACGGGGACAUCCUCAAAGCCACCGUCAAUCAAAUUCAAGACGAAGUCCGGCAACAAUUACGAGAGAUUCAAGCCACCCACAAGCUGGAAAACCCAAAGGUUGUGGCAGAUUUCAAGAAGAGGAAAUACGUGGUCGAGGAGAAAAUCAUUGACUUCAAGCUCGCCAAGGGACCCAAGUUUUCGACGGAAUUUGUGAAGGAAGAGACAGAUCUUACGUCGGAAAUGUUAGCAUCGGGUGCCUGGAAAACUGUGCAGCUGAAACCGUACAACUUCAAGGCCAAAGGUACACCCACGGUGGCCGGCGCUCUUCACCCGCUCAACAAGGUCCGGCAAGAGUUCCGAGAGAUCUUUUUCGAGAUGGGUUUCGAAGAGAUGCCCACCAACCGCUACGUGGAGACUGGGUUUUGGAAUUUCGAUGCUCUCUUCGUUCCUCAACAGCACCCUGCUCGUGACCUUCAAGAUACCUUUUAUAUCUCAGACCCUGUAAAGGCCGAUCCUCCGCGCGAAGAUCCUGAGCCCACGCCUCCUGGGGCCAAAUCAACGCCUCCUCCAACAGACAAGGAUAACAAGCUCGCAGCGAAGAAACUGGACUUCAAGCAGUACUGGGAGGAUGUGCGUGCUGUCCACGAAAGUGGCAAGUUUGGGUCGAUAGGCUACAGGUAUCCGUGGUCCGCGGACGAGUCUCUCCGCCUAGUCCUCCGAACGCACACAACUGCAAUCUCGACCUACAUGCUGCACAAGCUCGCACUGGAUCCUCGACCCGCCCGAUACUUCUCGAUCGAUCGCGUCUUCCGCAACGAAACCGUCGACCAGACCCAUCUUGCCGAGUUCCACCAGGUAGAAGGUGUCAUCGCCGACUGGGGCCUUACGCUGGGUGGAUUGAUUGGAUUCAUGGAGGUAUUCUUCAACAAGAUGGGGAUCAAGAAUCUGAGAUUCAAGCCCGCCUACAAUCCCUAUACGGAACCCAGUAUGGAGAUAUUCAGUUAUCAUGAGGGAUUGAAAAAGUGGGUUGAAAUCGGGAAUAGCGGAAUGUUCCGACCGGAGAUGCUGGAGCCCAUGGGCCUGCCCAAGGAUAUGAGGAUAUACGGUUGGGGGUUGAGCUUGGAGAGACCAACGAUGAUCAAAUAUGGUGUGAACAACAUCCGUGAACUGCUGGGCCACAAGGUGGACCUCAACUUCAUCGAACAGAAUCCCGCGGUCAGACUGCACAAAGAUUAA